UGUCACAUGCAGUCAGCUGACUGCGAGCUCAAUGAUAAACAGGAAGGCUACAGGAAAUACCGUUAUUACGUUCAUCCAGACGCAGCUGUGACCAUGAAGAAGAACAAAGCCAAGGCAAGCAGCAAUACUGAGAAGGAGUUUGUGUUCGAGUUCAGGGCAGGUAAACACAACUGUGUCCUUAAAGUGCCCCUGCAGCUUCCUGUGCAGGAGAACAUCAGUGACCUUCACGGACGCCUGAUGCUGCUGCACAAAAUACCCUGCUACUUAGAAAGUGAACUGAAAAACUCACUUUCCAGUUUCGUUGAGAAGGAGACGAUUCUGGAUUAUGACAGAGAGGCAGAGCUGGCCCUGCAAAGACUCACGACAGGAGACGUAGAUGUAAACAAGCUCACCAGUGCAUGGACCAGGUCUUACGUGGAGACGACGCUGGAACAUGCGCGGCCUGAAGAGCCCAGCUGGGAUGAAGACUUUGCCAAUGUGUACCAUGAACUGAUCCACUCCCCCGCCUCAGAUACGCUGCUCAACCUGGAGCACAACUACUUUGUUAGCAUCUCUGAGCUCAUCAGUGAGAGAGACAUGGAGAUUAAGAAGCUUCAGGAGAGGCAAGCGGCAGAAAUGGACAAAGUCAUGCAUGAGCUGGGAAACACACUGAGUGACCAGGAUGUGAACGCAGUAGCUUCUCAACACUUUGAUGCACAACAGGUACUCGAAAACAAGUGGGCAAGCGAGCUUAAACAAGUGACGGGCAUUCAGAAGCAUGAAUACCAAGACUGGGUGGUCAAACUGCACCAGGACCUGCAGAAAUCCAACAACAGCAGCAAAAUAAAACUUUGCAACUGUGGCAAAGGAGUGCACAGACUUCCACUUCCCCUGCCUAGAAGAGCAGCUGGAGGAGGUGCAGCAGGUGGUGCUGUACGCCAGAGCCCAGCGGAGCAGCAAGCACAAAGACCAGCCUGAGACUCAAAAGAACGGCGGUGAUGAUAAGAGCAAAAAUGUUGAAAGAAAUCCCUCGAAUAUCUUACCAGGUGAGUUCUAUAUCACGCGGCACUCCAACCUGUCGGAGGUCCACGCCGUCUUCCAUCUGUGUGUGGAUGACAACGUCCGAUCAGGGAACAUCACUGCCCGGGACCCAGCCAUCAUGGGCUUGAGAAACAUCCUCAAGGUGUGCUGCACUCACGACAUCACCACCGUUACCAUCCCUCUGCUGCUCGUCCACGACAUGUCCGAGGAGAUGACCAUACCGUGGUGUCUUAAAAGGGCGGAGCUCGUAUUCAAAUGUGUCAAAGGUUUUAUGAUGGAAAUGGCCUCGUGGGACGGCGGAGUAUCACGCACAGUCCAGUUUCUAGUGCCAAAGACCAUCUCAGAGGAAAUGUUCUACCAGUUGAGCAACAUGCUGCCGCAGAUCUUCCGCGUCUCCUCCACCCUUACUCUCACCUCCAAGCACUGAUUGGUUGCACCUCAGGUCAUUCAGGCAAAUGAAGACAAGUAAAGUCUUGGGUUUUUGUGUUGUUUUUAUUAAACUAGGAUGAAUAUAGAGACUUUGUGACAUAGAUAACUUCCAUUUGUUUAAAAACAAUUAAGUUAUGGUGGCAUUCAGUGCAAAAGAAUUGAUGAACUAUCCUAUUAUUGCACCUUCCAAAGCUACUCACUCUGACUGGAAGAGGACUGGAUUCACUGGCACGCUAAAACAGCUGCUGCAGUUAUCAUUUAGUCUCUGGGGUGUGGUUCUGGUGACAGCGUUUUAUUACAUUAGCUGCCAGCACUGCAGACACUUUCCUUUAAAGCUGCAGCUUUGUUCACGUUCAGCUGCUUGAAGUCGGUAAAAAUGAGACAACCAAAUGUGUAAAGUGGGCUGAACGGUAAAAAACUUGACUCUUCAUGUUGUCAUAUCUUUACUUUUUUCUUUUUACAGUAUGUUGAUUAUUGCAGGAAAAAAUCACCAAUCUGGGCUCAAACUUGAAUGCUAGUUUUGAUGUUGUCAUAUUUAAUUCUUAAAGAAUUUCUUGUGGUGACAGACGAUCUUACAGUUCAGCCAUCGAGUGAGAUUUAGCAGCAUGAUGUCGUGGUGCUCUGGCUUCAGUGACAUGGACUUGGCUCUUUUAGUCCUAGUGACAAAUUGCAUUGCUGCUCAUAUGAGCGGUGUGCUUGUGAUUUUGUACUGCAUUGCAGACAGUUGAGGCGACUGCCGCUAACUCUCUGUGGGAGUGUGAAUGUGUACGGUCCCCCUCCCCCCUCACCUGCGUAACAGUAGAUGGCACUGUUCCUAAAGACAAAAAUGUGAAAAAGAGUAACUGUACUUGAACGCUUUGCUUAUCGGAGGAAACGUUUUGCCUAUUGAAAUUCAUCUCAAUCUAUUCUAAGUGAGGGAAACGGCACUGAAAGUACAGCUCGGUUGCAUUUUAUGUUAAACACUUAGAUGUGCACUCUGUAUAUUUACUUUAUGUGUGUACAUUUUUUUAUGUUUUAAUAAAGUAACACUCUACACUGA